CGCGCGCGCACACCAUUGUGUGGCUGGAUUUGGCCACCGCUGCCGUGGAAGGCGUGUGUCUGGGGUUUUGCCAUCCCCGCACCCGUGCCGCGGCUUCUGCUUUGCGGUUCGCCGUCCGACCGUCAGCCCUCGGGGCCCUCGCCCGCCACGGACAUGCCGCGCGUCUACAUAGGGCGCCUUAGCUACCACGUCCGGGAGAAAGACAUUCAGCGCUUUUUCAGUGGCUAUGGCCGCCUCCUUGAAAUAGACCUCAAAAAUGGGUACGGCUUCGUGGAGUUCGAGGACUCCCGCGACGCCGACGACGCCGUUUACGAGCUGAACGGCAAGGACCUCUGCGGCGAGCGCGUGAUCGUGGAGCACGCCCGGGGCCCGCGCCGGGAUCGCGACGGCUACAGCUACGGAAGCCGCAGUGGUGGAGGUGGAUACAGCAGUCGGAGAACUUCUGGCAGAGACAAAUAUGGACCACCUGUUCGUACAGAAUUCAGACUUAUUGUAGAAAAUCUUUCUAGUCGCUGCAGUUGGCAAGAUUUAAAGGAUUUCAUGAGACAAGCAGGUGAAGUAACCUAUGCGGAUGCUCACAAAGAACGCACAAAUGAAGGAGUUAUUGAGUUUCGCUCCUACUCUGACAUGAAACGUGCGCUGGAUAAACUAGAUGGUACAGAAAUCAAUGGCAGAAAUAUUAGGCUCAUUGAAGAUAAAGCACGAACGAGCCAUAGGCGGUCUUACUCUGGAAGCAGAUCAAGGUCACGAUCUAGAAGGAGGUCACGAAGUAGGAGUCGCAGGAGCAGCCGCAGUAGAUCUCGAAGUGUCUCAAAAAGCCGCUCCCGAUCCAGGUCUCGGAGCAAAGGUCGAUCACGUUCUCGGUCCAAAGGCAGGAAAUCUAGAUCAAAGAGCAAAUCAAAGCCCAAGUCUGAUCGAGGCUCCCGUUCACGCUCUCGAAGCAGGUCUAAGGAUGAGUAUGAGAAAUCUCGAAGCAGGUCUCGAUCUCGAUCUCGUUCCCCCAAAGAAAAUGGAAAAGGUGAUAUAAAGUCUAAGUCUAGAUCGAGGAGCCAGUCUCGUUCCAAAUCUCCCCUACCUGCUCCUCCCUCAAAGGCUCAUUCUGUGUCCCCUCCACCAAAAAGAGCUUCAAGAUCUCGUUCUAGAUCUCACUCAAAGUCAAGGUCACGGUCCAGAUCAAGUUCCAGAGAUUAACCCAGAACUCUAUGUUCUUUGCACACUAUUAUGGAACACUUUCCUACUUGCUUAGGCAGUUACUCUUCCAUGUUUGUACUUGGCCUCUUUUGUAAGAGGAAUCUCCUGAAAACAAGGGCACACAGAAAUUUGAUUUGUGGCCAAAUUUGAUGAAAAAGAUGGGGUUCUAAAGAAAUGGUGGCAUGAAGACCUCCUCCCUUCUUUGUAGAAUUAAGAUAACUUUGAUUUUAUAGCUUUUGAGCUAAAAUAACUUUUGUAAAGAUUAAGCUCAUUUAGAUUUUUUUUUUUUAAGUAUUUCAGCAGGAUCUGCUGCAGGGGUUUUGUUGUUUUGUUUGCAGACUUUUAAAUUUAAACAGUUUCAAGCUUUGGAUACUUAAGGCUUUAGAGGGAGAACCCAUUUUUCAAUUAUGUUGGCUUUUUAUAAAGCCUGAGUUAUGUAAGAUUUCAAUAAAAGUUUGCUACCAAGAUGAUUGCCUUAUUGAAUAGGUCGCUAUUACUUUUAAUAUUGAUAACCUACUGUUUGUGGAAACAAUGUAAAUUCUACUCAAAUGUAAAACAAGGCAAGCCUCAGACCAGCAAUAAAUUAUUCAAUUUCGAUAAAAAAAUUUUUUGUUCUGUUAAUCAAAUUUGCCAAAGUUAUUGCAUCUGCCCAUUUAACAAGUUAGGUUAAAAAUAAAAUAUUUUAUAGUCAACCUGUUACGCAGUUUUGCCUAAAUUAAUGAGUUUUAAAUAAAACCUUAUUUUCUUUGAUACUUUUUAAUUUAGAUGUUUAUAAGGAAUGGUUGGAUUGUUUGUUUUUUCCAAUAUAAACUGCAGAAUUUCAGAGAAGAAACUGGUGCCUGUAAUUAUAGUUCAUUAUUUUGCUGAUUUGGAAGAACAAAAGUUCAUGACUUAAAGAAGAGGCAAGCCUCCACUGCUUUUCAGAAUUUGGUGUGUAAGGACAAGUUAAAGACUUGGCUUUGACCAAAGUUCUCUUGUUUUUAGGGAAAAAACAAAAGUUUUUAGAAGGAGAGGGUGGGGGAUGCUACAAGGUGAAAUUUGACUCUGAAAGUAUACAACAUCCUCAUGUUAAUGUUAUAUCACAUGAUAUAAUAGGCAGCUUUGUCCACGUUGUUAGCUGCCCCAUAGUGGAUAUAGGUGAAUUCCUAUGUUCGUAAAUUUUUAUAGUAACGGCAAAGACCAGCUUAUUAAAAAUCUAGUCUUAUUCCACACCUGUGGACCUCCAUCAUUAGAUAGCUGAACCAUUAUAGCAUUGGCCUCCUUGAGAACAGAGUUGACUGAUGAAAUUAGUUUCUUGCCAACUUGUGAGUUGAGUCCAGCAGUCUACGACAUGCCACGUAGUGAUCUGUGACUAGAUGGUGUAUUAAGCUGAUAGCGAAAGAGAAGUGGGCAACCUCUUGAUUCCCCUUUAUUUUACCUGACUGUUUAUUAACACACCAUAGUGCCUUUAUGGCCAGUUUGAGUCCUACCUGCUCCUGUGUUACCAUCUUUCAUCUUUGGUAUCUUUCUCCCACUUUGUUAACCUAUUUUAUGCUUAAUCUCAAUAAAAUGCUUACCGAGGGAAA